CACGUGUUUUCCUGUACUACUUCACGUCGUACUUCACCUUGCUUGCAUGAUAACAUUUCAGCAGGGUGACAGACAUGUCCCUGUCAUCACAAACUGCUCUGAAAGGUGCCUUGCUGGCAGUCUCUCUGUUUGGUGCAGUGCCCUAUGCUGUAGCCAUACUGUGUAACUUGAUGUAUGGCUGGCCCCAGGGGAAGAACAAGUACAGGCGGGCACUUGACCCAAGGAAAGUGUAUGCAAUGAAUUAUGCUGUAUUGCAAUCCCUGUCUGAUGUCCGCCAUGCUAAGCUGUAUUUACAGUGGAACUGGUUUUACUGGACUGCAACACCAGACCAAUUGGUGAAGGAAAUUCACUUUGGAAGUAGCGACACCAAGCUUGACCUUUAUUAUCCAAGCAAAGGAAAGGCAGCCAUAGAUAGCCCGUGCCCUGUGGUAGUGUUUGUAUAUGGAGGGGCCUGGAGCUCUGGGAGCAAGAACAUGUAUGGGCUUCUGUGUUCACAAAUAGCAGACAAGUUGAAUGCUUUAGUACUGGCACCAGAUUAUUCCAAGUAUCCCAAGGGUUAUGCAGAUGAUAUGAUGCAAGAUAUAGUUGACUGUUUAGCUUGGAUACAAGAAAAUAUAGAAAAUUACAAAGGAAACAAGGAUCAAGUUUUGUUAAUAGGCCAUUCAGCAGGUGCACAUCUAUGUUUUAUGUCCAUAUUUGAACUCUUGUUACGCUGCCAAAGUGAAGAGUCGCCACCCAUAUCUCCCAGUGCUGCCAUGCGACAACUGUCUUCAUCAUCAGGAAAUGGAAUCAGGUUUGAAGAGAAAUAUUUUGACGGGAGUAAUGGUGACAGCAGUGACAAUAACAAACCCGAUGACAGUGAACAAUUUGCAGACAACUCUGGCUCCUUCUUGUUAGUUGAAGGAGAACAGAAAAAUGAACAGAGCAUGGAUGAAUCCCAAAACUUGAGAUCCUUAGUUGAAAGUGUAGUUACAGAUAAUGCCACAGCAUCUGGAGAGAAAGAAGAUAGUGAACAACCUGAAAGUAAAUCUACAGGCUCAAUAUAUUUUGUAAAGGAAGAGGACUUGCAAGAUGAGCCUGUAUUAUCUAGAAGAGUGCAUUUGAAGGAAGAGGCUGGUGGCAUACCUGUGGAGGAACAAAUGUUUUUAUCAGAAAGCAAAAUGGAAAGAAGCUCAUCAGUUGCUGCAUCUUUUCUUGGUUCAGUCAAGGCAAUCAUUGGAUUAGCAGGAGUUUACUCUAUCAGUGAUCACUUUGAUCAUGAGUACUAUAGAGGUGUGGAGGACAUAUCUGCUAUGGCAAGAGCCAUGUAUGGACCUAACCACUUUGACAGACUAUCUCCUACACUAACUGUGAGCCAAUUUAAACAUGGUGCAAGUUUACCAAUGGCAGUGUUGGUGCAUGGGGAUGCUGACACCAUUGUUCCAGUAUCAUCUUCAACAAAAUUUGCCGAUGCCAUGUCACAGCUCUCUGGAAGUGAUGUGACUGUCCAUGUAAUUCCUAAAUGCAACCAUACAGAUGUAGUCUUGGAUCUGAUGGUGCCUGACAGAAAAUAUUACAACACCAUCAUGACCAUUAUUGUGGAGACUGCGGAACAAGCAUUUCAGACGAGGGCUGUUAGCCAAUAAUUAACUAGACUAGAUGAAACUAAAAACACACAGAAACAUAUUCAACUAUUGACAGGUAGAUUUAGUAUUUGGCUGUGUUCACAAGAAGGUCCUGUUAAUGGGGACAGCUGCUGUUUGAUUACAAUUUAGACUGCUGGUGUAAUAGAGACCAAACCACUCCUGGUCUGUUGGUGAGAGAGGAGUCUUUUUUUCUUGUUGUUGUUGUUGUUGUUCAUUUUCACAUGCACCUUUUUUAGGAUCACUCCAAUAAUUUCAGAUUCCAAGUCAAAAGAACUUGUACUCAUAUCCAUUUGUAAGUUCAAUAACAAGGAUCGAAGGUUUUGAUGUUGCUGUUAUGCUUAGUACCUAGUGUUUUUUAUACUUAAAUGAUAAAUUAUGAAAAAUGGUAUGUGAACUGGUCUAAUGUAAGGUAGUUUAAAUAUCUUGUUAAAUUCCAGAUGGGCUUUGAAAGUGAAAUGUUGGAUAAUUUUUUGGAUAAUUAAAAAAACAUCUAAGUUGCUAAUGCCCACCAUGUGUUUUAGAUGAUUAUGUUGUGAGCAGGAAAUGUUCCUGAGGUAUACGUGAUUGCAUUUUUGUUUGUUUAUUAUGUGUGAUUGGCUGACAGAAGCCAGAGAAGAUUGUCAUUCCAUGUGAUGGAUGUAAAAUAAAUUAUUGUUA